UAAAUGUAUGAGCGCUGUGCCAAGUCUCGUGGCUUUUACUGUUCAUCCUAUUAAUAGGUUACGUCAGACCUGUUGGGGGGCGACACAAUCAAUGGAAAUAUUGUAAUAUGGACAUUACCCCGGAUGAGUCCAUUCUCUGACGCGAGUGGUAGCAGUAUGGCGCGGGAUGGCUUGGUAACUUGAGAGAACAGAGCGCUGACUCGGGAGGCCAGUCCAAAGAGUGAGUCAGAGAGUAUACAGGGACAUCGCAACUACACGACCGGUCCUUGGCUGUGGUCGGCGAGAAAGUGACUAUGGAUAGGAUGAGCACCACAGCUUGGAACUGGGUCGUCUGCUCCGCGCUGACCGCUCUUGUGGUGGUGAGGUGCGAAUGUCCUCAAAAAGUCCUCAAUAUGGCGCAGCUGUGUACGGCAAAUCUCGGCAUCGAUCUUUCUCAUUCUGGUCCGCACGAGUUUGUUGAGCUCGGGAAGAUAGAGAAGGCCAAGAUGGCGUGCAGGGAGGGUUUGUUUCACCAGACUGUCUCCUGUCUACGGGCUCUGACUGACAACUGCACGGGAAACACGGAACGAGAACACAUUCUCCGGAUGAUGGUGGACCCUGACAAAAGUGAAACCAGUGUCAAUUACUUCUGUCAAAAUUUCAAAACAUACGAAGCGAACGCCCAGUGUAUCGCUAACUCCCAUCCAGAGCAGGUCAACUGCACUCACGAGGUACAGAAGAACUUUAAGACGAAGGUCAGGGCCACCAUCAACAUGGACGUCAGGAUGACGUCAUCGUGCAGAUUCUUUAAGACUGCAGUGUCGUGCUCCUCAAAGGUGAUCCGUCGGCGAUGUGGUCGCUCUGCUGCCACCGUUGUCACGACGAUCAUGCAGGGUUUCCAGCCACCCAAAUGUCUGGAGGUGAAGUUUGAAGACGAGGGAAUAUAUUCCGUCGGGGACGAUGACGACGACGCAGGAGCAGCAGCGUCUGUCGUCACAAGCCACAGACUGAUGUUACUUGUAUAUGUGUUGAUAUGCCUGUUCUGGAGGUCCUAAUGUCUUUAAACACUAUAGAAAGAUACAACUUCUUGCUUCAAUGACCUCUGUCAAUCAGCAUCCUCAUCGUCAACAUUCUAUGUCACCAGCUGCAGCAUCCCCAACCCCAUUGCAGUGAUUGUUCUCGAAGGUUCUCAAAGCCGUCGGGUAAGAUCCGCCGUGAACGACCGGUAAAUAACAUGGCUCUGUUUGGUGGCCAAACGGUUUAGCACGAUCUUAAUCUGCAAACAACAGAUGAAGAUUUGACAUUGCCUGUAUAUAAGCUGUAUACUAUUGAAUGCCCUGAACUGAACUUGGAAACAGACACUCGUAUGGUUCCCAUACAUUUACAUGGUCUUCAGGGGUGGUGGGGUAGCCUUGAGGUUAAAGCGUACGCUCUUCUCGUCGGAGACCCGGAUUCGUUUCCCAAAAUUGGUGUCAUUUGUGAAACCCAUUGCUGGAGUAUUGUAUAAAUUCAGCGUAACACCGUAGUCACUCAUCCCAACCGGCGGCUGAAAACAGCGUAAGAAAUUACGUUGACGUUAAACCCUGAUGGUGGCCUGAAUUACGCAUUCGUAUUCAGAAUGUCAUACCUCGCCGCUUAUUGUGGUGUAAACACGCCACACUUUCUGUACCCACUUCAAAGAAAACUCCUUAUUUCGAUGUCCGAGUCAAGACAUAUCCAGUAAUGUCAUUCAAGGUACCAAUGAAGUAUUGUUUCAGGAAAACGGGGUAGCCUAGUGGUUAAAGAAGAAGACCCGAAUUCGAUUCUCCACAUGGGUACAAUGCGUGAAGCCCAUUCCUGGUGUUCCCCGCCGUGAUAUUGCUAGAAUAUGGUAAAAGUGGCGUAAAACCACUCUCACUCCAGCUCAUGCAACAACACUGGAAAAUCGGGCUACUCCCAUUGUACCAAUGUCGGGGAAUCGAAUACGGUCGCUCUGUAUAACGCCGCCGCUCUCUCGAUAAAACGAUGUUUCACUGUACUGUCACAAAAGGACGUAAAGUAGAGUGUAUUUCAACUGUGAUAUCUGAAGCGUAAUAUUUAUAAAAUUUAUGAAUAUGUUUGUAAACCACGACAAUCAUUCACUGUGAAUUGCUACAGGUGUGUUGUUAAUGAUGUUGUUUGUUGGCGUAGCGUUGUGAUCGUUAUACAAUGGGUAAUCUCAAAGUGGCUUCAGAUGCUAGAUAGAUAACACGUGAUUGUUAUAUAGAACUGCUGAAAAAUGAUUUUGAUUGGUCGUACGCGAGCAAGAGUUGUUUGACAACCAUUCACACCUCAAAGUUUGAAAACAUACAAAUGUUCGUGCAAAUAGUGAUGAGAAUAGAGACUCCCAAACAGUUCGUCAAUUUUGAAUGAAUCGUUUUCCAAUCUGGUUUCCUUUUAGGCAGUCAAAGAACCGCUUUAAGAUAAAAGGACUAUCUCAGCUUCCGGUCUGACAUUGACGUCAUAUGUACAACCAAAGAUAAGUAUAGAAUGUGGAAUGUUUAAAGUGGAGGCGGAUCCUAGAUUUGUAAACCCGAAUACAAGGCACUGAAACUGAUAAAAUACACAGCUAUUACCAACAGCUCUUUGCCCGUGGGUCCGCCUGUGAUAACUUACUACAUCUUACAUUGACAGCCAAGCUUGGCUCAUUGUCCUUCAUCAUGGUCAUAAUAUGUCUUGACAUUUAAUCAUUUUAGCAGUGGUUUGGGCUAGCGUAGAUUACCCGUCAUCCUAAAGAAAUAUUCACUUGAACUGAUAUUCACAAACCUUUACAUAGUGAUGCGCCUUAUACCAAACAUUAAUCCUGUUCUUCCCAUAUGUGCUGUUUUGUGGAAUUGCCUACGAACUGGAAAGUUUUGUUUCAAGUCGGUUUGAACACUGUUCCAGUUAUAAGGCGAAGGGUCGCCAUGUGGGAGGGAAACCCGGAGUAAGGUCACUGAUACCACUUUGAUGAAACCCAUUGGCACGGGUAGAUGGUGGUGACAUACCUAAAAUUAUAAUUUGGUGAAACAAGCUCCUUUUAAAAAAACUAGCCAUGGGAUAGCGGUCCAUCGUUCUAACACAUGGGUAUAUGAAUCAGUAUUUCUGUCAGCAUUCUACUCCCAGUUCCAAAACCAACCGUACUCAGUUCAAGGAUUCUUGACUUUCCGGAACAACCCGAAUAGCACCUCACGAAGCGUGCCGAGUGUUUACGAUCGAGACCGAGGAGCAAAGAUUGGUUGGAAACUAGUUGUGGGCGUACCUUUGUCAAAUUUCAUCAGUCUGGUAUGACGUCAUACCUAAACCCUGCGAUGUCUGGCUCACAUUAUUUUGUUGUGGUGAAACUACCCUCAUUUAAUAUUUAAUCGUAGACUUGAUGACAAACAGCACGUGUUUUGAGUGCAUAUGGUCAUAAUGAUUGGACUCUAAUACCAAACAUCAAUAGAGGGAAACAUGUUCAUAUUUCGUCAUUUUUGCCUUAUUAUGAAUAAUUUAUUUCAUAAAUGAUCAUACUGCGUCUUUUUAUGUGUCCAAAAAUUGGUUUCACCUGCUUUCGAUUUAACGAUAUCAAGGUUUGUGUUGGAAGGGCCGCUCACAGAAUAUGGUAAUCUUGAAUGCAGAAGUUUACUGUACGUUGUGAACUAUUGGCGUUAGAAAUGGACAUCUAAACCCAGAACAUAUUUAGAAGAAAACAAUCCAUUCCGUGCACAGGACAAAAACAGUUAAAAUUUACCUCGAAUUGAAAUUAUGUACAUGCAAUUCAAACGCCAGUGUUAUGUUUCGAUGGAAUCAUACGGUACCACAGUUGCAUAAAUUCACUGUAGAAUUACCUCCCUUGGGCAUGCCUGGAUCAGCAAUAUGUUGGUUAGAUCUAGGGUUUGAAAUGUGAAUGUGCAUGGUUUGUCAGCACCAUGCCAGUGUCUUUAAAGUUCACGGCAGCACUUUGUGCUCUCUUCACUCAAGACUGCCGACACCCCUGACCCAAGUGGACACUGUUCAAACCGGACUCAUUCGUUAUGUGGACGUGGAUUCUAGAGGGUUCUGAUGAUCCUCCCAUUGUAGGCGGAAAGCGUGCAAUCCCAUGGAGUUUCCCAAUGUUUUUUCUGGCUUGUUCAUCAAUAGUUCUAGAUAGGUUGACAUGUCUAAUAUCAAUGUAUAUUUAUGUGUUCAUAAGGUAUAUCAGGCGUCUUGGAAUCAGAUGGAAAUGUACAUGCUUCUAACAAGAUGUUGUUGAGUCAUACCUAUAGUAUAGAUGAUGAUGUUCACAAGUUAUAGCUGUAACCCCAAUGUCACAUUCCUUUCAACACGAGAUGCCACUUGCACAAAGAGAUGUUAGAGCUAAGACGAUCGCAACUUACUAUAACAUAGACUUAAGAUGAUCGUGAUGCUAAAAUCGGAUUGUGCAAGUGGUCCCUUGUAUGGAUCAGUGGAGUAAGGAAGAAGUAUUAUCAGACAUGUCUUCCUAAGAUGAGGGUAAUGGUGCCAAGGUCGUCUAAGGUGCUAUGGAGUUGCAUCCCUAAGACGUAUUUGAAUACGAUGAUCGUGGGUUCUAUUCCCCGAAUUGAGCCUUGGUGUGACGGCACAAUACCCGUGGGUUUCAACGUAUUACUUCCGGAUUUCCUCUAUUUUAAGCAGACAUUUCCCAUAUAAUUAAACCAUUGUUAAACUUUCGUUCUUAGUCAGAAUAAUCUUCAGUAAAUUUUAUUUUCCAUGACAGCCAAAUUUCAAAGGCUGUUUAUUAUGGUGUCAGCCUUUUGUGCAGAUAGACUGUGACCUGCUCUUAUGUAUUCCGGUCACUUCCCCUCAUGGUGUCUUCCUUGGCGAAUGCUUGUAGGAAUCAAUUCCGGAAUCUGAUAUUAUGUAAGAUAUCGUUUUUCAUUCUUAUAUUCCGGGGCAAAAAUAUCCGUGAUCACAUAAACUUAAUCAUACUUCAGGUUCGAAUUAAUAACGAGAUGGAUUACAUGGCUUUUCAGAUCCGUCUUGUGUAUACACCAAAACACUUUUACAGGCAAUAACAUUCCAUUAUUAAGUAUCUUGGGAUUAACCAGACCACCUCCAAAAGUAUGAAAACACUCACCAUAACACGUGUAAAGAAGACAAACAUCGUUGGAUUUAUUUAAAUAUUAAUCAUAUAAAAACGUUUUGGGAAAAUGUAUAACAAUUUUAACUGUCAGAUAAAACGAGUUUAGACUUACAUUAUAUUUAUCAAUGAUGUCGAGAUAUAACGGGCGCUUCUUGUUGACAUGAUUAUGCACUUUCUUCAACAAAAUUGAAUGGUGAUAAAAUACCAUUAUAUUAGUUACUUUUGACAUUGAGUAUAUAUGUUGCCGCUAUCAAAAGGGUAGAGCUAUUCAUGGAGGGCACUAUGCAUUUGUCUGGGCUAAAUGGCUGCCCAUGCUCCGUGUCAGGCGUAUGAAGAAAAUACUUCUAUUUACACAAUAUAUGGUAUGUGUGAACCCACAGAAAAUCAUGUCCUCAUUUGUGUAACCUAUUCACAAUGUUGUAUUUUAACAGUGUUGGUUUCCGUCAGUAAAUACCUCCCACCACAAGAUGUAAAUGUACAGAUAAUGUUACCUCCUGAGAUGUACCUGUUGCGAGUAGCUUGCUCGAGAUAGUUAUCAUCGUACGACCAGUCAUGCAUUGUAGGGUGGGGCAACCCCAGAGAUAAGCAAGGGUGGGUCUCCUGUCAUACAUAGCUGUAUAGCUGCAGGGGUGAUUAAAUAAUUCAUUACAUUUAUUGUGGCAUCGGGGUGACCAUGGGGAAACUCCAGGUCAUCGGGAGGGCAGCAAAAUAUCCUAAAGGAAGAAAUAUUUACGAUCUGUGGUCCUUUGGUUAGUCUGUCUCCUUUCACAAAGCACUUAGGUGAUCGUAAGUCUCUAAGGUAACCUUAGUGUAAUGGGAGUGGGAGUUAAGGUUUUAGUGACGCUUGCUUCGUGAUAUGGGCCCCAGGACCAUAUUUUUUUCGCUUCAUCCCAGUACUGCCUGUAAUGCGAAUGCUCUAAAUGCAGCAACAUUUCCCCAGGUUCAGAAUCUUUUCUCACUGGGGCUCCUUUUCAGUUUAAAAUGAGCUCUGUGUUUUUAUAAUUGUAUACUGAGACAAAGCGUUAGUGUGUCCUUUUGUUUGAGGAUGAGAAACUCGAGGCUCACCUCGUCCCUAUAAUUAAUGACUGGUCCCUCAUUUCAUCAGCUUCAAUCUCCUGUUGUGUUGCUCAAUCACUUGUUUGUCUUGUAAAUACUAUUGACACAUUGUAGUUUAUACACCAAAGAGGAUAUAAGGCACAUAACAUAAGGUGAAUAAGUCACACACUCCGAACUCGUGCACAAGAAUAAACCUUGAAUCAUCCAGCCAGUGUAUUUUAUCUCAAUUCUAUUACGGUAAAUACCCUUGACCAUUCCCAGGCUUUAUUUCGGAAGUGAGGUCAGUAUCUCCUUCCACCAUCAUAAGAUUUAUCUGUCUCAUGUGAAAUUUGACCGAAUAUCUUAUGCCAUUUGAGGUACGCCUUCCAUGUAGAAUAUAAAGUAUAUCUGCAAGUAUUUGGAACCAUUGCCUUCACUUGGAUUCUGGCAUAAAUGUACACUCCUACCCAUCUGUGUGUAUAGGGAGUUUGACACACCAUCCUGUCGUGAAAUCCUUUUAUUUAGAAUGGCAGUAAUCUAAUCCUCACGUCUGGACCAAACAAACCAGUGGUUGAUGGGGUGAACACAAUGCCCUCAUCACAAGUAGAAUCAUAAUAAAUGUGGUCACUUCAAGAUUGAUAUUCAGCCAUUAAUUUAUUCUUUCGUCAUUGACGUACAUAUUCUUGUUUAUUUUCGUCUCGUCACUGCCAGUUUUGACACAUGUACAAUCUCAUAGUAUUGCUGUUAGUCACCCUGAUGCUUGUGCAGCUACCUAUCAACAUGAUAUGCAUCCAUACACUAUAAUGGCCUUAACUAUAUGUUUUAGACUUUACUCAUUUGGAAUAAAUAUGGUUUUGAAGAUA